UUACAAUUUAGUUUGUGUUAAAGCGUCUACGGCAAAAUACCGAGACGAGCAUAACGGAUUACGCGCGUCUAACACUUGCGCUUUUCGCUAAGUUUCUGACUUAAAGCCUGAGCUUCAGGGUCUGCUGGUCUGCUGGCGUGUAAGGACAGACAUUGCUCUGUGUGUGGCAAGGACACGAGCGUGCAUUUUUUCGGUUGUAGGUUUUGUGUUUUCCUUGGCCAGCAUAAUUGGUUGGUUGGCGGCGGCGGCGUUAACGGCUAACGGCACGGCUACAGCCGACGUCCAGCGGGCACUUGCAAACGGUUAAUGAAAGUUUCGUUUCAACGAUUGUGAGUUUUAACGCAGCGAUGCUACUGAUUGCAACGCUGAUUUUGUGUUUUCAUACGGAGUGAAGCUUUAAAGGCAAAAGUGGACGAAACGAAAUAGAAAAACCGUCGUCCAACUCACUUGAUGUGCCGGGUUUUGUUGGCUGAGCUCGUUAGCUCGUUGUGUGGUUCGCUUCAGUCUGUCGCUGACUAGCAUUCGUGUUGUGUACGUGGCGUAGCUCCGAGCUCUGUGUGUCGUGCGUACGUUGAAACGGAUUUUUUUCUGUGCUCGCUCGGUAGCAUACAGUUAUCCUGCUGGUGUUUUUAGCUGUUUGUGUUGUUGUGAAUAAAACAAAACAAAAUCCAACUUGAAGUGAAAGAAGAAAAUUGGGAAAAUUCACCAGAAAACGCAAAAUCCAACAACAACAACCAUCGCAAAUUGUAUGCUGCACAUUGCGAAUAAACAGAAAAUAUCAAGUGAAUUGUGAAAGUGAAGAGAAAAUCGUAGCAACAACAACAAAAAAUUAAAACAAAAAAUAUAUAUAACAAUAAAAUAAGUGAGUGCAAACGUAUUUCGAGCACCACGAAAAGUGUAUGUAUGUGCCUCCGUGUGUGCGUUGAAUAUGAAAAAUAUGCAACAGCAAUAAUGCUAUCAACGGCAACAAUCGCAUAACUGUUGUUGGUAUUAAGUCAUUAAAAUAUUAUCGCACAACUAUUACGGAGUUUACGAGUCGACUUGCUUGCAAGGAAAGUUGCCGGAAAAGGGCAACCCAAAGCAAAGCUGAGCUCUGCGGAUUUGCUGUGCGGCGACGGAAAGUGCCCGCGUGUGUGUGUUUGUUGGUGCUCGUAAGUUGUGUGUGAGUCAGUUCGUCGGUAAAACGCGCGCAUGUUGAAUAAAAGUGUAUCGGCUGACGACAAAAGAGAAAUAACAACAAAAUAAAAAUUAAAAAAAUUACAACAAACACAACAACAAUAAAUUAUAGCUAGUAAUAUAGAAAGGUGGCAGCAACUAGCUAACUGGCAGCCAGACAGCUAUGCCAGCGAGCAUUUAGCAGAAGCUGUAGCUAGUGCAAGGACUCGGACAACAACAACAAAAAUAAUAACAACAAAAAAUAAUAACAUUACUAAUAAAAAGACAACAAAAAUCUCUAAACAUAUGUAGCAUUGAGAAUGCUAACAACAACAACAAGUAAAACAACAACAGGCGUACAAACAAAAUCUGAUAGCGUAGCAACGAGUAAACUUGGACGCACCAACAUGACCGGGGUCCGAACAAACCUGGCAGUCUCUAGACGUGCGGUGCACACGGCUACAAAAACAAGAAAAACAAAUGCGUUAAGUUGCAGCAACAACAGUUACAAUAACAGCAACAGCGGCACAAUGCAACAGACAGCAACAAUGCCAACAACAACACUAAGGAGUAAAACAAAGUCGCCGCUUUGGCGUUCUGCUACGCUACUACUGAUAAACGCUAACAAAAAUAAAAACAAUAACUUAUAUAAUAAUAACAACAACAAUAGUUAUAAACGGCAACAAGCUGCUGUUAUUGCUGCUUCUACUUCUACUACUUCGUCGUCUACUACUUCACCAGUUGCUGUACGUUUCGCACGAACAACAUUAUUAUCAACAAGAAAAACAAGAAAAACAACAACAACAACAUCAUUAUCGUCGUCGUCAUCGUCGUCCUGGCUAUACAGCCUGGGGCUAUGGUUUGCAAUUUCGUCAUUGGUAUUUGUGCAGUGUGUGCCAUCACCCUCAUCGGCAUUGUCGUCCGCUUCCUUAACGGGCAGCGGCUCGUCCGGCAACUCAGCGUCCUCCGGUGCAAUGCAAUCACCACAAAAGCGAGGCAGCGGCACCGCGGACCUCAGCAAGGAUCAGUGCAACAAAACGGUGGACAUCUUCGAGGAUGUCAGUUCGCCGGAGGUGAAUAACCUCAAUGUAGGCCGGCCGUUAACCUGCUGGUACCGGUUCCGCACGCUGAAAGGAGCACCACGCGACUUUGUAUUGCGGUUGCGUUUUAAAAAAUUUAAAGUCGGCACACUGCUGAAUGCAACACACUGCGAGGGUGGCUAUUUACAGAUUGUUGACGGCAACGCGAAGACGGAUGUCUCCAAUCGUCGUGAGCCCGGCAUGUUUUGUGGUGAAGCCGAGCAACCGCAGACUUUCAUCAGUGAGACCAACUAUGUUAAAGUGCUCUUCCAUACGGAUAAUUUUACUGAUCAGACAUAUUUUACAUUUGAUUCGCGUGCUGAACAACAAACGGAAGUUUAUUUACGUUAUGGCCAACAUCCGGAACUGUAUCCCAAUCGACGCGGUGAGGUGGUACAAGGCUCCUACUGUGAGCGCGAGUAUCGCGAUUGCCGCUUGCAAACGUGUUAUGUGCAAUCGCCCGCAUAUCCCGGCCUAUAUCCGCGCGCAUUAAAUUGUCGUUAUAAAUUGCAUACGCGUCAGCCAUACAUUAAAUUGUACUUGCAGAAUGAACAGUUCGCAGUGGAUGGACAGCGGUGUGAAAACGUCAUGACUUGUCCCAUACGACCAAUUGGUUCCGGCAAGGAGCACUGCCCCUACGAUUGGCUUGCCGUCUAUGAUGGUCGCGAUGAGCAUUCACCACUUAUUGGCAAAUUUUGUGGGCUGGGCAAAUUUCCGUUUAGUAUUAUUGGCACUUCGCAGUAUAUGUACGUCGAGUUCGUCACCUCACCGGCGGGUCCGCUGCUCAACACUGGUUUCCAUUUCAAUGUCGGCAAUUGGCCUGGGCACGUCGAGACGGCGGGCAUUAAGCAUGGCAUUUGCGAUUGGCUGCUCAGCUCCGACUCGUUAAAGGAUAGCAGCGCGAGUGAGGGCAUAUUUUUGAGUAUUGCACAUUGGUAUCCGCCGAAUACGUCAUGUAGUUAUCACAUUAAAGGGCGAGCAGGCGAAAUUGUGCGCUUAUAUUUUCCAAGUUUCCGCAUAAAUCGCAUUGAGUCGCCAAUACUCAAAUAUGACGGCGACUGCGGUGAAUCGUUGACCAUUUACGACUCAGAUCAUCCCGAUCCGGCACGUAUUAUCAAAACGUUCUGCGAUACAUUCUCGCGACCCAUGGAGAAAGUGGACUUCGUGAGCACUAGUCCUUCGCUGUACGUGCAAUUUGAUUCGAAGACGGGCUCCUACAGCGGUUCGUCGCUCUACUAUUGGGCACACUAUGACUUCUUCAAUAAUACACGUUUCGGUGAUCCAGUGCCGAAUACGCUCUGCGAUGAGGUUAUGUACGCCUGGAAGCAUCCGGGUGGCAAGAUACGUUCACCAAUGAAUUCGUUAAUCUUCAAACGCACCGGCGGCUCAGAUGUACGCUGUCAAUAUAAGUUCGUGACUGAUAGGCGUCUAUAUGCACGCGCUGUCAUCGAAGUGACCUCUGUGUCAUUCAAGGAAUUGCCUUACAACAAUAAUGCGUGUACGCGUUGUCAUGAGGAACGCGUCGACAAGCUGGUCAUUUGGGAGGAACGUGAGAAAUUCCAAAAUAAUCUCGCCUGCUUCUGCGAUAAUAUACCACGAGCGGUGCGGGUGAUCUCCUCAGCGGAUCAAAUGAAUCUCGAGAUGAUCGUACAGGGUCAACAUGCGAUCACGUCCUAUUUCAAGAAUCCCAAUCCACUAUUCGAGGCGUCUUAUGAGUUUGCGCACGGUCCGCUAUGUGGUCCCAUAACGUUGGGACCCUCGCCGGAUGGCGAAUUAGUGUUUCCAUAUAAGAAGGCAUUGGCGAUGGCGGCGGGCCCAAUGGCCGCCGUGCCUGAGCAUCAUUAUCGUCGCGAAAAGUGCAUUUGGGAACUGAAAGUAGCGGCACAACGCGAUCUAUGGUUGAAUUUGGAGAAGGCGCGUUUCGGCGAUCGCACUUGUGAGAGCGCCAAAAUUGAGGUGUAUCUCGCUGGGCGACUGGAACCACGUUUCAUCAUGUGUCCGGAAAACAUCUCGUUAGCACGUGAUCUACCUAUACUUUCGGCGGCGGAUUUGGGUGCGCUUGGCGCCGAUCAAGAACCCUUGCCGGUACUGAUACAAUACACCGGCGACGGGCAGCCGGGUAAGAAUGCGUUCCGUUUAGUUUGGACCGAACUGUUCCAUUUGCCACGCAAUCCCGACGGUAGUUUGGCAUCGUCAUUGCUGCAGGACGGCGGCUGUGAUUUCCGCUGUCCCGGCGAUACAGAGGUCUGCAUACCACGCCACCUGCUGUGUAAUGGUGUCGACAAUUGUCCGAAUGUGACGCACAUCUCGACGAUGGCUCAACUAACGCGGCACAUUGAGUGGAAUUUGGAGCAACUCGGUCUGCUGCAUCGUGCACACGCCUACAAAGAUCUCGUCCUGAACGACGAAUCACCGGAAAUUUGCCUGCGUCAAGAGCUCAGCGAGUUGCCAUAUGGCAAACUGAUAUUGAUCACGCUCGGACUGAGUUUAAUGUUGACGCUAUUCGUGGCGAUAAUGUGUCGCAUGUGUCGGGGGCCCGGCCACGCCUACCACAGCAGAUACUAGAGGUACGAGUGUUGGUCGCAUGGCAAACCGCUGGCCGCACACGUGUAGCAAUUGUGCGCAGCGGGGCAGGCACAGCGCGAGCAGUAUGCUUCCCUUUAUAGGCGGUAGUGUAGUAGAACAUAAUGCUGUCGUGCCGUGGAAGCAAACUGCUUUGAAGUUUGAAAAAAGAAAAACAUAUAUUUUUAGUGUGGAAGUGUGCGAGGUAAAUAUACAUAUAUUCACAUUUUUUGUUGGUUUUUCGUUUUUUUUAUUACACUUAAGUGUUGUACCUUUUUGGAAUACCCACUGAGCGAAAAAUAGUUGCCUGCUAAGUAGUAAUUGCGAAGGCAUUAAAAUAAAUAAAUGAGACAUUCUAAUUGUAGGUACACAUAGGCGAGUAAGGAGAUAAGUCGAGGUUAGACAUUUAUAUUUGCACCUCAGUUUGGUUGGUACUGAAGUGUGUAGAACAAAAGUCAGGUUAAAUUUGAACAUAGGUCUUUGACCUUCAUAUACUCACACACCCCUAAAAAGAGACUAGGCACUUAGUGAGUUGUAUUUUGAUUGUUAUAGCGUCAGUGUGGGCCCAGCACCACUGAUUUUAAAUGAAAGUAAAAUCUUUAAUUUUUUAAAGUUAUUAUAUUUUAAAAAUAUCGGAUUUACAGCAAAUGCUCAUCACUGUAGGCAACCGAUUCGAGAAAUUCAAUAGUAAAUUUGCGAUUUGAACUCUUUAUCCAUUUAAACACCAUCAAGAACGCCAUGGCGUCUUUUCAAUCUAGAAAUCUACUGAACACUUGACUUAAUCAGCGAAGAUAUUAUGGAAACAAUAUACCUUAUGUAGCAUGAGUCACUAGAUUCAUAAUGCCAUUUUAUAAUAGAAUGAGGUUGAUCUAUAUAUUCUUUUCGGCGUGAGAGGACUAUUCUACUCAUUAUUGAGAACAGUAAUUAGAAUCUUGCUUACUUAUUUUUCUCGACGGAUCAGAUUCAUUCCGACAUAUUAUUUAAAAAAGUUUAGGGAUCAUUGGUUCUUACAUCUUAAGACCUAUAUUUAGUCUAUGUAGUAUCGUUGGACAAAAAGAAAAUAUUUUAUAAUAAUAAAUACUCUUCAAAGGUGUUAUUUACCAAGGUAACAACGGUGACCAGAUAAGCAUAGACAUCUAAAGCUCAAUUUUAUAAUAUCUCGGGUAAAUUUUUAUGCAAUAGACCCUAAUAACAACCUAGGAAGUAAGAGAUAGAAUAUCUCGAAGCUUAAAUAACAUAAAAAAGCUCAAGACUCACGCUGACUCUGUUAGUGACCCAAAUGACUAUUUUAGUUUCCUCAAAGACUUAACUAACCUUUGUAUAAUCUUAAAAAAAAGGUGUUGGUAAUCAGGUUAUAGGUAUUGGCCUGAACUAGAAUCAAUGAAGGUCCUUAAAAUUGAAGGUAAUUCUUUUCCUAUUAGAGAAUCACGUAGUCUCUCACGAACAGAUCUUAUUGAAAAUUUGACAAGACGUUGUUAAGUACUUCCCCACAUUAAGCCAGCCUCGAGCUAAUAAAUAUAUUUUAGAAUUUGUAAAUUAGCAAUAAACUGAGGUCUAGCAAAAAUAAUAUUUUCAGUUUUAAUUAGAUUGGGUCUUUGCUGGGCUUUGAAAGUAAAGAAAUUAUUGUAUUUUCCAAAGAAUCAAUCCGCAUACUACAGUGCUCUUGAAAAGUAUGUAUAACACUCACACAUUUUUAUUCCUCAUUUACCGUCUUUGAAAUAUUGAACUGCCAAUGGCUCACAGAAGUUUGUGAUUUUUAAUAGACAAACAAUAAAUAUUUUGAUAUUAUGAAGAAAUUAGCAUUUAAUUAAAUAAAUUGUUUUGAUAAAGAAAUAAAAUAAUACAAUUAUUAGAAUUAUUGUAUUACAAAGCCAAAUAGAGAGAUAUUUAAUUACUAAAAUAAACUAAUUAGUCUCGGUUGACAUUUAGUUGUAAGGAAAAUCAUUUUUAUUUAUUUCAUGUUAUGGAUUUACUAUUUUUUUACUUAUUUAUUGCUACCAGACCGGUUCUAAAACUGAAUCAAUAAUUCCGACAUCACGCCCUCUAAUUGAGGAUAAAGUCUGAAUUUUUGAGUUAUACAGUGGAGCACUUCUCUAAUAUCUACCAUGCCAUUUUUCGAGACAUUUCCUAAUUUUAUUGGUAUUAUAUUUUCGCUUACAAAUGAAGAUACUUGAAAUAUCAGAAACGUAUAUCAUAAGGAAUGCCUCGAUUCAGAAAAUCAAAUUAGUUCCGAUCAAUAUUCCAUAUCCAUACAUUCUGAGGUUAGAGAGAUCUAAAGUCAUUAGACUAGUCGCUGCUCCAAUAAAAAAGUUGGCUUUUAAGGUACUUGUAGGAAGUGCACGGUCUAAAUUUAGUAAAAUACCUUUCGUUCACUUUGAGAUUCCAUUUAUCCAGCUAAUAAUAAGAGAACCGGUCUUCCCUAAUAUUACUUUUUUAUUUCCUUAAAACUGUUAAUUUGGAUAAACUGUUACAAAUUCUAAAUUUUGCAAUUUCAGGAAUUCAAGAAUUUAAAAAGUGCAUUUGUAACAAGAAAUCCUAACCUACAAUACUUUCGGUUUAUUAUUUUUUAAUAUCACUAGACAACCCUUAUCUUUUACUAAGCCCUUUUCCAUUUCUUCAAGCGCAAAUCGAAAAGUGCAGCGCUGAGAAACCCAAAACAAAAACCACAAAAUUUGUGUAAUGAAAAUAUGAAACCAAAUUCUGAAAUGAGUAUAAGAAAAUUGUAAAAACCCCAGUAGAAUUAUAUGAAAAUAAAAAGCAGGAGAGCAGAAGUAAAAAUAUAUAGUUGUAGUCACUAAGUGGUAUAUAAUAAUGUAUUACGAUUAAUGAGUAAGCAAAAACAAAAAAAAAAAAAAACAA